AUGGCGACACACUCCCACGACGGGGGGCCGUCCCACGCCUCGCAUUCCCACGACGGGCCCAACGGCGGCCACGGCCACUCGCACGAGAUCCUCACAGGGCCCGGCUCCUACCUCCACCGCGAAAUGCCCAUCGUGUCCGGCCGAGACUUCAACGACCGGGCGUUCACGAUCGGGAUUGGCGGGCCCGUCGGCUCGGGAAAGACAGCUUUGAUGCUCGAGCUGUGCCUGGCGCUGCGCAAGGAAUACAACAUCGCGGCCGUGACCAACGACAUCUUUACACGCGAGGACGCCGAGUUCUUGACCAAGCACGGCGCCUUGACGCCAGAGCGUAUCGUCGCAAUCGAAACAGGUGGUUGUCCGCACGCUGCCGUGCGCGAGGACAUCAGUGCCAACUUGUUGGCGCUGCAGGGACUGCACGCGAAGUUUCAGACAGACCUGCUGCUCAUUGAGAGUGGAGGGGACAAUCUCGCGGCGAACUACAGUCGCGAACUCGCGGAUUUCAUCAUCUAUGUGAUUGAUGUGGCUGGCGGCGACAAGGUGCCGAGGAAAGGUGGUCCGGGGAUCACGGGGAGUGACUUGCUCGUCAUCAAUAAGUGUGAUCUGGCGGAUGCGGUGGGCGCGGAUGUCGAUUUGAUGGAGCGAGAGGCGAAUAAGAUGCGUGAGGGAGGCCCGGUGGUCAGAGGGGUGGUCAAACAUGGCGUUGGUGUGAAUCAGACGGUUGACAUGAUCAUCUCGGCGUGGAAGAGCACCGAUGGCUAUAUCGUGUCGAGGCAGAAAUGGUCCAAAGGCGUGCCCAGGGGCAGUGGUGAGCAGCCGAAAAUCAAUCGCUAUACGCCUGUGCCCCAUACUUGA